AUGAGAUUCACUCAUGGAAGUUUCACUUGUGUUUUGUGUCUGAUUAUCUUAAUUCAUGGAGAGAUCAUACCAGAGUAUUUAUCAGCCAUUCAACAGGGACCGUUCAUGUUUGAUGAGAGAAACAGCAGUGCACUUGGACAGAACCACAUUUGCAUGAUCAGAAGAAAGAGGGAUUGGUUAAUUCCCCAUGUCAGCAUUCCAGAAAAUGAUAAAGGCCCGUUCCCAAAGGAAGUGGUGAAGAUGAAGUCCACCGCUGCUGAUUCCAUGAGGAUGAUUUAUAAUAUCACAGGUGCUGGAGCAGAUCAGCCACCCAAGGGUCUUUUCACAGUGGACAAAUAUACAGGCAUGUUAAAGGUCACCAAAAGCCUGGACAGAGAGGAAACUGAAGAAUACAUUCUCACAACUCAUGCUUCAGGAUGGAAAAACAGCUUCAAUGAAACCCCAGUCAAACUCACCAUCAAAGUUAUUGACCAAAAUGACAACAAACCCUUGUGUACCCAGGAUCCUUUUAUGGGUGAAAUCCCAGAAAGGGCAAAAGAAAAUGAGCCCAUCAUACAAGUGAUGGCAAAAGACACUGAUGACCCAGAAACUGCAAAUGGCAUUGUGCAUUACAAACUGGUGAGACCCAACGGUGGGGUGUUUCACAUAGACCCGGUCAGUGGAGUCAUCAGCCUGGCCGCUAUUGGCAUUUUAGACCGAGAGAAUCAAACUGUGUAUGAGCUGGCUGUUGAAGCAGCAGAUAUGUAUGGUCACGGUCUUUCUUCCACCUGUAUGGUCAUCAUCAAAAUUACUGAUAGUAAUGAUCAUGCCCCUAGGUUCAGCCAAAGGAAGUAUGCAGGUACAGUACAAGAAAAUAAGGCUGGGGAAAUAGUUACAAGGUUGGAUGUCACAGAUAGAGAUGAGCCUUUAACUGCAAACUCAGUGGCAAAGUUCAUCAUCAUCCAGGGCAAUGAGAAAGGGUUCUUCAACAUCAGCACUGGCCCCAGCGGGAUGGAGGGAAUCAUCAUGACAUCUAAAGGUCUGGACUUCGAGCAGACCAACAGUUUUUUUCUACUGGUGGUGGUCAAGAACGAGGUUCCUUUUGCUAUUCCUUUGGUCACCUCCACUGCUACCGUCAGCAUCACAGUGCAGGAUGUAAACGAGCCGCCUGUCUUUGAGACUGCAGAGAAACAGAUCGUGAUUCCUGAGGACCACAAAGUGGGCAGCACCAUUUCCAAAUACACAGCCAAUGACCCAGAUACUGCUAGAGAGCAGAAAAUAAGAUAUAAGUUGCUGCAAGACGCAAACUGGCUGGAGAUCACAGAGGACACUGGAAUCCUCAAAGUUAGGAGCUCACUGGAUAGAGAGGCCUCGUUCAUAAGAAAUGAACAGUACACGGUCUUAGUACUGGCUUAUGACAAUGAUGACGAGCCUGCCACAGGAACAGGCACAUUAGUGAUUAAGCUGCAAGACGUUAAUGACAACGCUCCAGUGCUGGAGGAGCGCAGAGUCCCGAUGUGUCUCACUGAACCGAAACCCGUCCGUCUGACCAUCACAGAUCCAGACGGCCCAGGAAAUGGCCCGCCCUUCGUUAUAGAGCUAAAUACAGAAUAUCAAAGAAACUGGACCAUCAUCAGCAACUCCAGCAGCAGUGUGGUGUUGCUGAAGCCGCUCAGACCUCUGGCUCUUGGCGAGUACAGCCUGAUAUUGCGCAUGUAUGACUCCAAGAGUUUAUUUCAGGACAGUUCUAUAAUAGUGGAGGUGUGUAACUGUAAGGCUGAUGAUGUUACCUGCACCAGCAGCAUGGCGGCGACUGCUGCUGACGUCACUUUGUUCAUCUAUGUCCUAGCGGCCAUCUUAUGCUCUCUUGUGCUGUUUCUGUUGCUUUUUCUCCUGAAGAGGAGGUGUGGAAGAAAGGUUCAAUGGGGACAGUUCAAACAUAAAGAUGACGACAGGGACAAUAUUAUAUGUUACAAUGAGGAAGGAGGCGGCGAACAAGACCAGGAUUUUGAUAUGGUCCUAUUGUGCAGCGGACUAGAGGUUUUCUCUACUGAUAAUGCCCCAAUGGCCUCACCAACGUUUUUCUAUCGGCAACAUCCAGAUGAGAAUGAAGAUAUCAUAAGCUUCAUUUAUGAGAAUUUGUGCACAGCAGAUGAUGACCACUUUGUGGCACCAUAUGACUCCAUGCUGGUGUUUACUCAUGAGGGUGAGGGGUCUAUAUCCGGAUCUCUCAGCUCUCUGCAGUCGUCCAUCGGUGAUGGAGAUCAGGACUUCCAGCAUCUGCAGAACUGGGGACCUCAGUUCAGAACAUUGGCUGAUAUGUUUGCUGGAGGAGAAGGAGAGUGAUAUGUGCUCUGAUCACUAUAGAGGAGUAUGUAUAUAAAAGCGUGAUGUGAAAUGUGUUACCAAAUAUGGUGUAAGUCAUUAAAGGAAUAUAGUUCUCCCAAAAAUGAAAAUGUGCUGAAAAUUGAGAUGUAGAUGAGUUGUGCCUUCCUCAGAAGAGAUUUGGAGAAAUGUAGCUUUCCAUCACUUACUCACCAAUGGAUCCUCUGCAGUGAAUGGGUGCCGCCAGAAUGAGAGUCCAAACAGCUGAUAAAAACAUCGCAGUGGUCCUCAUGUAAUCUACUUUAUGACUUUAUGCUUCACAAGAUGAUAAUUAAUAAACUGGAGUCGUGUAAAACAA